AUGUCGAACGCGCAGGCGAGCACCAGCGCCGAUGCUGCUCGUCCUUCCAAACGCAGCAAGACGGACGCUCCGGAGGCCGAGACCAUCGCUAACCCGUACCUGGCUCACCUGAACGGAGACGAUGCUUCAACCUCUGCUGCUACCUCAAACAAUGGAUUGUUGGCAGAUGAUCAUCCGCUCGCCGGUCUCAUCCCGCGAAAGGUGACCGGGCCUCAGGCACGUAAGGUGAUGGAGGGCGAUGUCAACCCAUUCUCGGUUGCGCCCAAGCCGUUCUCGAACGAAUACAAGAAGAUUUUGGCAAAGCGAAAGGAGCUACCCGUCUACGCACAGAUGGACGACUUUUACCAGCUCUUCAACCACAACCAGAUCAUGGUCAUGAUCGGCGAGACUGGUUCGGGCAAGACCACUCAGAUCCCUCAAUUUGUUGCCUACUCGGACCUUCCCAACACACAAAAGACCAAGGGCGCCGAUGGCAUCCUGGCACCUCGCAUGAUCGCAUGUACACAGCCGCGUAGGGUAGCCGCCAUGAGUGUGGCCAAGCGUGUGGCUGAGGAGAUGGAUGUUUCGCUCGGAAAGGAAGUCGGUUACACGAUCCGUUUCGAGGAUGCCACCGAUCGACGAACCACCUUCCUUAAAUACAUGACAGACGGAAUGUUGCUGCGUGAAGCCAUGCACGAUCACAACCUGUCGCGCUACAGCUGCAUCAUUCUCGACGAGGCGCACGAACGUACGUUGGCCACCGACAUCUUGAUGGGUCUGCUGAAGGAGGUGGUGCAAAGGCGAUCCGACCUCAAACUCAUCGUCAUGUCGGCCACCCUGGACGCGCUCAAGUUCCAAAAAUACUUCAAUGAUGCUCCCUUGCUCAAGGUGCCCGGUCGUACUUUCCCUGUCGAGACGUUCUACACACCCGAGCCGGAGCCAGACUACCUCGAAGCCGCCAUCCGUACGGUCAUCAUGAUUCACCAGGCUGAAGAUGCUGGCGACAUCCUUGUUUUCCUCACGGGUGAGGAGGAGAUCGAAGAUGCAUGCCGCAAGAUCAAGGCAGAAGCCGACGACUUGGCAGCCACCAAUCCCGAUCUGUGCGGACCGCUCAAAGUGGUGCCGCUCUACUCUUCGCUGCCACCGGCACAGCAGCAACGCAUUUUCGAUAACGCACCAGCACCGCUUACGCCCAAUGGACCUCCUGGACGAAAGGUGGUAGUCAGCACCAACAUCGCCGAGACUUCCCUGACCAUCGACGGCAUCGUCUACGUCGUCGACCCCGGGUUCAGUAAGCAAAAGGUCUACAACCCGCGUAUCCGUGUCGAGUCGCUACUGGUGACUCCCAUCUCCAAGGCUUCGGCGCAGCAGCGAGCGGGUCGUGCAGGUCGUACGCGUCCAGGCAAGUGCUUCAGACUGUACACGGAGAAGGACUGGGCCAACGAGCUGAUCGAGCAGAGCUAUCCCGAGAUUCUGCGAAGCAACCUGGCCAACACGGUGCUCGAGCUCAAGAAGCUCGGCAUCUCGAAUUUGGUGACCUUCGAUUACAUGGACCCACCGGCACCAGAGACCAUCAUGCGUGCGCUUGAGCUGCUCAACUAUCUGGCUGCAUUCGAUGACGAAGGCAAUCUGACGCCACUCGGCGAGAUCAUGGCCGACUUCCCGCUCGACCCUCAGCUCGCCAAGAUGCUGAUUGUCAGCCCCGAAUUCAAGUGCUCCAACGAGAUCUUGACCAUCGCUGCCAUGCUGUCGGUGCCCAACGUGUUUGUGCGUCCCAACUCGCAAAAGCAGCAAGCCGACGCAGCUCAGGCCGAGUUUGCGCACCCCGACGGCGACCACUUGACGCUGCUCAACGUCUACCACGCGUACAAGACCAACUGCCGCGACCACAAGACGGCCGCUGACUGGUGCUGGCAGAACUACCUGUCGCACCGUGCGCUGAUGCAGGCGGACAACGUGCGCUCGCAGCUGCAGCGUCUCAUGGAGCGACACAACCUCGACUUGGUCUCGACGCCGUUCGAAGACAAGCGCUACUACACCAACAUCCAGAUGGCGAUCGCGUGCGGCUUCUUCAUGCAGGUGGCGCACCGCGCAGGCGGCAACAAGAAGGCAUUCCAGACCAUCAAGGACAACCAGGUGGUCUCGCCUCACCCGUCUUCAACGCUCGACCACGCCGCCGAGUUUGUCAUCUACCACGAGUUUGUGCUGACGACGCGCAACUUCAUUCGUACAAUCACCGAGGUCAAGCCCGAGUGGCUGUACGACUUUGCGCCUGCCUACUUUGACCCCAGCAACAUGGACGGCGAGGUCAAGCGCAUCAUGAGCGCGCUCAAGGCUCGCAAGGAGAAGGGUCCUGCGCCGAGCAAGCGCAGGUGA